CUAACGGAAAACCCACUUCGGAGAAGGCGAGCUUCAGCCAAGCCACCGGCCUUUGCUCCUUUUUACCGCUGCAGCAACAAGCAAUUCUUGGCCUCUUGGCUGCGGUAGGCGUCUCCCGCUGCGUUGUUUCUGCAACCGCCGCCCUCCGUCUCAUCCUGGUCGCCCCUACUUCUCUUAGGAGAGCGACUUGGUUCUUCUCAGCGCUUCCAGGCCGCAGCAUGGCGUCAAGCGGUUUCAACAAGCAAUGCACAACAAAAUGAAUGAUCCUGCUAUCAAAAGAAUAGCAAAUGAUAUUAUCAAAUCACCUGAGGAUAAACGAGAAUAUCGCGGGCUAGAACUGGCAAAUGGCAUCAAGGCAAUGCUUAUCAGUGACCCCACCACAGAUAAGUCUUCAGCUGCACUUGAUGUACACAUAGGGUCAUUAUCUGAUCCCCCUAAUAUUGCUGGGUUAAGCCAUUUUUGUGAACAUAUGCUCUUCUUGGGAACUGAGAAAUACCCAAAAGAAAAUGAGUACAGCCAAUUUCUCAGUGAACAUGCAGGGAGUUCAAAUGCUUUUACCAGUGGAGAGCACACCAAUUAUUAUUUUGAUGUGUCACAUGAACACUUGGAAGGUGCCCUGGACAGGUUUGCUCAGUUUUUUUUGUGCCCGCUGUUUGAUGAAAGUUGCAAAGACAGAGAAGUAAAUGCUGUUGAUUCUGAACAUGAAAAGAAUUUAAUGAAUGAUGCUUGGAGACUGUUUCAGCUGGAAAAGGCUACUGGAAAUCCCAAUCACCCCUUCAGUAAAUUUGGGACAGGAAACAAAUUCACAUUGGAAACUAGACCAAACCAAGAAGGAAUAGAUGUAAGACAAGAGUUACUGAAGUUUCACUCCACUUAUUAUUCAUCAAAUGUAAUGGCUGUCUGUGUUCUAGGACGAGAAUCUCUAGAUGAGCUCACAAGUUUGGUAGUGAAGUUAUUCUCUGAAGUGGAAAACAAAAAUGUUCCAUUACCAGAAUUCCCUGAACAUCCUUUCCAGGAAGAACAUCUCAGGCAACUUUAUCAAGUGGUACCUAUUAAAGACAUUAGAAACCUUUAUGUCACAUUUCCAAUACCAGAUCUUCAAAAGUAUUAUAAAUCAAACCCUGGCCAUUAUCUUGGCCAUCUUAUUGGGCAUGAAGGUCCAGGAAGUCUUUUAUCAGAACUCAAAGCUAAAGGCUGGGUAAAUACACUGGUUGGAGGACAAAAAGAAGGUGCUAGAGGCUUCAUGUUUUUCAUUAUUAAUGUUGACCUUACUGAAGAAGGACUUUUACACGUGGAAGAUAUUAUUUUACACAUGUUUCAGUAUAUACAAAAACUACGUACAGAAGGACCUCAAGAAUGGGUUUUUCAAGAAUGUAAGGAUCUAAAUGCUGUUGCCUUCAGGUUUAAAGAUAAAGAACGGCCCCGUGGCUAUACUUCAAAAGUUGCAGGGAUUCUUCAUUACUAUCCUAUAGAAGAAGUUCUUGCUGCUGAAUAUUUACUUGAAGAAUUUAGGCCUGAUUUAAUAGAAAUGGUACUAGAUAAACUGAGACCUGAAAAUGUUCGAGUUGCCAUAGUGUCUAAGACUUUUGAAGGAAAAACUGAUAGAACAGAACAAUGGUAUGGAACCCAAUACAAGCAAGAGGCAAUUUCUGAUGAAGUUGUUAAGAAAUGGCAAAAUGCAGACCUCAAUGGGAAAUUCAAGCUCCCAAUGAAGAAUGAAUUUAUCCCUACAAACUUUGAAAUUGUACCUUUAGAGAAGGAUGCACCCCAGUACCCUACUCUUAUUAAGGAUACUGCUAUGUGCAAGCUAUGGUUCAAGCAAGAUGACAAAUUUUUCCUACCCAAAGCUUGUCUCAACUUUGAAUUUUUCAGCCCAUUUGCUUACGUGGAUCCCUUGCAUUGUAACAUGGCCUAUUUGUACCUUGAGCUACUCAAAGACUCCCUCAACGAGUAUGCAUAUGCAGCAGAACUAGCUGGCUUGAACUAUGAUCUCCAAAAUACCAUCUAUGGGAUGUAUCUUUCUGUAAAAGGCUACAGUGACAAGCAGCAUAUCCUGCUCAAGAAGAUUGUUGAGAAAAUGGCCACCUUUGAGAUUGAUGAAAAAAGAUUUGAAAUUAUCAAGGAGGCGUACAUGCGAUCGCUUCACAACUUUCGAGCUGAACAGCCACACCAGCAUGCCAUGUAUUAUCUCCGACUAUUAAUGACAGAAGUUGCCUGGACCAAAGUUGAAUUAAAAGAAGCUUUAGAUGAUGUCACUCUUCCCCGCCUCAAGGCCUUUAUUUCUCAGCUGUUGUCACGGUUACAUAUUGAAGCACUUCUCCACGGCAAUAUAACAAAACAGGCUGCAUUAGGAAUUAUGCAGAUGGUCGAAGACACUCUCAUUGAGCACGCUCAUACAAAGCCUCUGCUUCCAAGUCAGCUUGUAAGGUAUAGAGAAGUACAGCUGCCUGACAGAGGUUGGUUUGUCUAUCAGCAGAGGAAUGAAGUUCAUAACAAUUGCGGCAUUGAAAUAUAUUAUCAAACAGAUAUGCAAAGCACCUCAGAGAAUAUGUUUUUGGAGCUCUUCUGUCAAAUGAUCUCAGAGCCUUGCUUCAAUACCCUGCGCACUAAGGAACAGUUAGGUUACAUUGUGUUCAGUGGUCCACGGCGAGCUAAUGGUAUCCAAGGGCUACGAUUUAUCAUCCAGUCAGAAAAGCCUCCGCACUACUUGGAGAGCAGGGUUGAAGCUUUUUUAAAAACCAUGGAGAAGAGUAUAGAGGACAUGUCAGAUGAAGCCUUCCAGAAGCAUAUCCAGGCUUUAGCAAUUCGUCGCCUUGACAAACCAAAGAAGCUAUCUGCUGAGUGUGCAAAAUAUUGGGGAGAAAUAAUUUCCCAGCAAUAUAACUUUGACAGAGAUACCAUUGAAGUGGCAUAUCUCAAAACUCUAACUAAGGAUGAUAUAAUGCACUUUUAUAAGGAAAUGUUGGCAGUAGAUGCCUCAAGAAGGCACAAAGUAUCAGUACAUGUACUAGCACGGGAAAUGGAUUCUUGCCCUGUUGUGGGAGAAUUUCCAUGCCAAAAUGAUGUAAACCUGGCACCAGCACCACCACUGCCACAGCCCGACGUGAUUCAAAAUAUGACAGAGUUCAAGCGCAGUCUGCCGCUCUUUCCUCUGGUGAAACCACAUAUCAAUUUCAUGGCUGCAAAACUGUGAAGGAUCUUGCUGAGUGAAGAACUGGAAGUGGAACAAUCUUGUGUGACUUCAGUGGAUUUUCAUGAUGAACCAGCAUCUUAAAUUAUUGUUGGGACAAACAAUCCCGUUCAUUAUGAGGGUUCCUGAUUCCUUCUAGGUUCAUUCAGCAUUACUGGUGUGAUAGCGUUACAAAAAUUAGGCAAAUAGGCUGUAGUCAUGCGUCAUGUUUAUUAUAGAGCCACUCUUGGAAACCAAAAUCAAAUGGUAUAUUCAAAGGUCUAUGUAGGUAUGGUAUGUUUUACAAUAGUGAGGCCCUUUUAAAGAUUUUGUUUGCAUAAUGGAGUACGAAGAAGCUUUCUGAACAAAUUGGUGUUACUUUAAAGGCCCUUGCUUUUCUUAUGAAAAAUUAAACAUUUUGGAAGUUUCAUUUAUUUGGAUGUGGAGGAACAAAACAUUAUUAAAAUGCACAUAUUGAUAUUUUUAAAAGAACUUGGAAUGAUAACUUUAAAAUGUUGAUCUUCUGUACAACCAACCAUUUAGGUACUGUGUAAAUCAGUGGAAAUGGGGGGAAAUGUCAACAAAUGUCUUUCAGAAGAGUUGCUAGGUAUAUUGACAUAGUUUUAAUUUUUAUACAUGAGGACAUUUUUAUAUUCAGACUAGUAAAAUGCUGGAAACACUUGGUUAGCCAUCCUUUUCUUACCAAGAGUGUUGUCUUCUGCUUGUAACCCUUGCAUUUUCUCAGGGUUACUCUGAUAAAGUUUCCUUUCAUUUGCAUAAAUAAAAUUGAUUUGACACUUUU